UUAAAACACCAUCGGCAACUACUGGAAGAAAAUUAUUAAAUAAAGUAGCUAGUAAAACUGAAUGUCAACCAAAACGAGCUAAACCACGUGCUCCACCUGUAUUACAUUCAUCACCACCACAUCCAACUGUUGCAUUACCUGUACAUCCACCUGCACGUACAGAUGAUCAAGCUCUAGACUUUUCACUUUUACAUACAAUGAAAAAUAUUCAUGGCCAAAUAAAAGUGAUGACAUCAACACCUAAUUCAUCAUUUGAUAUUGUAGAAAAUCGAACUGGUAAAACAGCUCAUAAUGUCAUUGGUAAACGUAAAUCAAAACGAACACCUGUUCCAUUAAUAAUGGUUCAACGAGCAACUGAAGAAAUAACAUUGCAUUUGUGA